AUGGUUUGGUGUCAUCAAGUCCGAUGGCGGGUAGCGAGAGCCUCUUUAGAACUGGCUGUCGCAGAGCCUAGCGCAAGAGGCCCAAUCCUUGACCGAUGGUUUGCCGGAGGCGUUAACCUAAACCCAUCCCGCCCUAGACUUCCCGCUAGCCACUCUCCACCCGAACAUAUAUCUGACGGCUACCUAUCUCGUAGUUCGCUCCCGGUCGGGACAUCUGUUUUCCAUUUUCCAAUCCAAUCUUUGGGGUCCCGUUUGGUUAUUCUACUUUCUUCUGGUCGUAUCUUGGGCGUUUCGCCAGAGAAAGAUGUUGUUACUGAGGUCGAGGUAGACUUGUGUCAACCAAGGGAGUCAUCUAAUGUAUUCUGUCCACCUAUCAACUCUGGAUCUACUCGCCUCAUACCGAAUCCUUCUCUUAAAGGAUUGUUUCCAGUACCUGGAGAAGGAACUGACGAGAGCGAGGGUGUAGUUGUAUGGGAGAGCGAUGUUACUACGACUAGCGAGGGAUACUUCUCAGUAACAGUGUCAAGCAAGAGGGAAGGCGGAUCGUGGUUAGUUGCAAGGCUUGAACAAUCUGAUUCCCUCGAAUUUGCUACGGGAAAGCUAGCUCCAUUUUUCGGAUCCACCGAGAUAAAAAUUCCAAAAACUAAAUCCCUCAUUAGGAGGAUAUGGAUUCCCAAUUUAAUAUCCAAUGCGAUGGUUGUCUACAGGGCCACAUUUAACCACGAAGGCGAUUGCACAAACCCACUAUUGACACCAAUUCUAGUACACACGUCCUCCGAAAUUGAAUCUCAUUUCCAUCGGACGCUUCCAUCCACCCGAAAGCCGGUUCUGCACACUCACAACUCAGGGCCGUUCAUUGGCACAAAGUAUGGCUUGAACAUCACCGUUUAUGCCUCUGGAGAAUGCCAAGUCAAUGCCAUACAGUUUCAUGUUGACUGGCGCAUCAGUUUUGGUCGGGUCGCUUCAAGGCUUUGGGCUGGUGUGUUUGCUUGGGCUAUUGCCACGGUGGCCGCCAUGAAUGCCCUGGCGUGGUACGAAUGGAACGGUUAG